AUGACAGAGGCAGCGGGCACGUCGCGUGGCCUUCGCGUCUACAAGAUUGUGGUCCUUGGCGACGGUGGGGUGGGCAAGUCCGCGGUCACCCUCCAGUUUGUCAGUCAUAGCUUCCUUGAUUACCAUGAUCCCACCAUUGAAGACUCAUACCAACAACAAGCAGUAAUUGAUGGAGAACCUGCCUUACUUGAUAUUUUGGAUACUGCAGGACAGGUUGAAUUCACAGCUAUGAGGGAACAGUACAUGAGAUGUGGAGAAGGUUUUAUGCUUUGUUACUCUGUGACAGACAAAAGAUCAUUUAGAGCAGCAUCAGAGUAUAAAAGGUUGUUGGCACAGGCAAGACCAUCCGAAACGCUGCCUUUGGUAUUGGUUGGUAAUAAACUGGAUUUGGCUCCUAGAUUUAGACAGGUAACUACAGAAGAGGGUAAAGCACUCGCUACACAACUGGGUUGCCCAUUCUUCGAAACUUCAGCCGCGUUGCGUCACUUCGUUGAUGAUGCUUUCCACGCAUUGGUCAGGGAGGUUCGCCGACUUGAAAGACAAAGACAGUCAUCCCUAGUUGGUACCGGAAUAUCGACAGGCGGUGGCCGCCGACGUUGGCGACGCCUGCGCAGUAUAUUUGCACUCGUCUUUCGACGGCGCAGACGUACAAUUGAAUCCUAAAUGGUAACUGCAAACUCAUGUAAAACUUUUUCCCAAGAAUCGCUUUAUUUAAUCUUAUUUCAAAUUUAUAGGUGAUCACGAGAUCUUUUUUUUCAAUCAACUCUAUAGACAAAUAAAUUUCAGUUAGUUGCUGUCUAUAUUUUUCCAAUUGUUUUUUAAGUUUAUUUAAAAGUGGCCACGUUUUAUCUCGACUAAAACCUUAGAGGUUUUAAUUUACUUGUGCUUUUAAUGCGGAAAUUGCAUUUAUUAUGGAAAAUUUGUUUUUAUAAGUUUCGCGCAUAUUUACGUUGAGAUUAUGGAUUGGUUAAAAGGUACCUCUGAUACUGAGUUUAUAUUAAUAAAUUAAGUUCAUUCUGUCUAAUAUCCCGUGUACAGGUUCUAAGAAAUACUAGGAUACUAGGAGGCUUAAGAUCUAUGCUGUUUCGGCUUCUAAUACCCUAGUAUUUAUUCAGUGCAACCUUGAUAGAACAAAUCGGAAGGGAAAUAAAUAUUCGUAAUAAAUUAAUUCGUUGAACUGAGGUUGGGUUGAGUUGGUCUAAAAUUCGUGUUCGUAAAAAAAUAAAUUUUAGCAAAAAUACCUUUUAUGUUUCAAAGCCAUUAAAUCUUAAAUUACUUACUACUUUAAAAAAAUACCAAUCAAACAACAAUGAUUGUUUUACGAAAACAGCCUCUCGGAACUGUCUCAAUAUGAAUCACAAUAAUAAUAAUAAUAAAGCCUUUUAUUUCCAAAAAAGUGAUACAUAAUAUACUUGUUUAAGGUAAACAAUUAGGUACGGGUAUGUAGCGUCAUUUUAUAUUACGUCUCACAAUUCUCUCCAUUGUUUUCUAUCCUCUGCGACUGGUCCAGUAUGGUCUCAAAGUCAGGCUGAUGUCCUCUUUCCAUGUGUCUGAUUCCUGGUGACCCUGACUAACUGACCCUGUUGUUUGCUCAUCAUAGUGAAUGACAUAAAUAACACACUAUAAGAUAAAAAGUCAUAUUAUAUUGGUGGGAACCUUAUGGUUUUUAAACUAUAACAAUUCAAGGGGAUUAUGAAGAAUUUGUUAAAUCCAGUAAUUCGUUAUAUUGAGGUACGUUAUAUUAAGGUUGCACUGUAGUUAUAGUCCUAAGGCUUAAAAUAACUUAUUUAUAUACCUUUCACUACCUCAUAUUUAUCCUUAGCUGUCUACAUAUUGUGUUCCGAAUAGUUUAAGCACACCCUGUAUUAUUUAGGACUUUCUGCCUUCCAAGGCCUAGUUUUUCUUUAAGGCCUAAUCAAGUUACUAUUGCGAGGAUUAAAUUUUCAAAAUAAAAAGAGAUUAUAAUAUAAAACAUGAACCAAGGAAGGAAUAUAGGGAUUUAUUAAUAAAAAAUAAAUAAUUCAACCAAAAAUGUAUGUAUUCUUCUGUCUGUUAUCUGAUUUU